AUGGAAGAGCAGAUGGCUGACAAAGCAUGGGAGAGCAUGCCGACGUCGGAUGGAUCAGAUGAGGAAGGUGAAACAAAGCCUGGCCCCAGUGGAUCAAGUGCGUUUGGCAGUGAGUUUUUCACUUUGAUGAAGGACUUUAUGGCAGGUCAGCAAAAGCGAGAGAAAGGGCUGCUCAAGGAACUGCAAAAUCUUAGGAUGUCUUUGCAGCAACCACAGCAAGUACCACGCCCUCACCUUCAGCCAGGAGCUGGUGCAGAGCAAAGUGAUGACGAUGAUGAUGGUGGUGGUUAUGAUGGUGAUCCAAGCCGGCAACCUCAGCCAAUAAGUUACACCACUGAUCCAAAAAUUCCUCCUUAUCAAUUAGGAGAAGACCUGGAAAACUAUCUGCUGCGGUUUGAGCGCAUUGCUAAGACCUGGAGGUGGCCAGAAAGUGAAUGGGCGUGCCGACUCAUUCCACUCCUUUCUGGGAAGGCGCUGGAGGCCUAUGCUGCCAUGGAUGAGGAACGUGCUCACUGCUACAAGGACUUGAAGACUGCUUUGUUAGCAAAGUUUGACAUCUCACCAGAGACUUACAGACAGAAGUUCAGAGCAACAAGUACACCUGCUGGUGAAACUCCUACUGAAACUUACCACCGUCUUAGAGGUCUCUACCGACGAUGGAUCCGUCCAGACCAGUGUUCCAAAGAGGACAUCGGGGAGCUCAUCAUCCAGGAACAGCUGCUGAGCGUUCUGCCCCCGGAUGUAAGGACCUGGGUGAAGGAACAUGAACCUAAGGAUGGUCUGACUGCUGCAAAGUUGGCUCUUCAGUACAUGAAUGCACGGCGAGGAGGAGGAGCACGUUGCUCCAAUCCAGUACCACGUCCUGUUCAACCGGCUGGACAUCAACGGUAUGCCAGAGAUCCAAGCCAGGAGGUUAAAGGUACCAUCAGUCCUCUGAAUCCACCGCCUAAUGGACCUCUAGAUCUGCUGAGGAAAAGCUGGGAUGCAUCAGAAACCUCAUCUAGUGCCAAAGGUGUGGUCCAGUACGUGCUGCAGAUGAGAGGUCGGCUUGCUGAGUACCAGGAAGAAGCUGAGAAGAACCUGUUGCAGGCCCAGCACAAGCAAAAGAGGUGGUAUGACCAGCAGGCACGGCAAAGGGUCUUCAGUCCUGGACAGAAGGUGUUGCUUCUCCUGCCCUCAUCCACCAGCAAACUUUUGGCAAAGUGGCAAGGACCCUAUACUAUCAGCCGACAGCUAGGACCCACCACCUAUGAAGUCUACCAUCCUGAGAAAAAGAAAGCUACACAGGCUUACCAUGUGAACUUGCUAAAGGAGUGGAAAGAACCAUCAUGUCCAGCUCCAGAAACAUCAUGCCUGUUGAGACAAGUGGAGGAGGAAGAAGAGGUUCCUGGUAUUGAAGUGAAGGCUGGACAGUCAACCCCCAACCUCAGUCACUUGACCUCACACCAAGCCUCACAACUUCAGCAGAUCUUUCAGAAACUGUCUCCUCUCUUUUCUUCCAAUCCAGGCCGGACCACCUUGAUUGAGCAUGCAAUUCGACUGAAAGAGAAGCAGCCAAUUCGUCAACGCCCAUAUAGAGUUCCACAGCAGUUGGUGGGACAGCUGCGAGAUGAAGUCGAGGCCAUGCUAACAUCAGGUAUUAUUGAACCUUCAAACUCUGAAUGGUGCAGUCCAGUGGUCAUUGUGUGUAAGAAAGAUGGCUCACUGCGGAUUUGCAUUGACUUCAGAAAGCUUAAUGCAGUUUCAGAGUUUGAUGCCUAUCCCAUGCCCAGGGUGGAUGAGCUGCUGGAAAGGAUUGGACAAGCAAAAUUCAUUACCACACUUGACCUGUGUAAAGGGUACUGGCAGGUUCCCUUGGAGCCUUCAAGCAGACAGUAUACAGCAUUUCGCACCCCUUCUGGUCUGUUUCAGUUUACUGUUAUGCCAUUCGGCCUGCAUGGUGCUCCAGCCACCUUCCAGCGGCUAAUGGACAAAGUACUGCGAGGAAGUGAAGACUACAGUGCUGCUUACCUCGAUGAUGUAAUCAUUUACAGCAAUAGCUGGGAGGAGCAUGCUGCACAUCUCGCAAGAGUGUUGGAAAAGAUUGCAGAAGCAGGACUGACACUUAACAUAUCAAAGUGUGUUUGGGCACAACAGGAGACCAGAUACCUGGGUUACCAGCUAGGGAGAGGAGAGGUGCGACCACAGAUGGACAAAGUGGAAGCAAUCCAAAAAUGCCCUCGUCCUCGAACCAAGAAGGAAGUGCGGUCAUUCCUGGGACUAGCUGGUUGGUAUCGAAGGUUUGUGCCUCAUUUUGCUACACUUGCUUCUCCACUCACCAGUUUGACAGCGAAAGAUCAGAAGAAUCCUGUUGUGUGGACCAAGGAGUGUGAAACUUCUUUUAACACUCUGAAAGCUCAUCUAUGUUCAUCUCCUGUCCUUCGAAGUCCUGAUUUUAGUAGGAAAUUCCUGGUCCAGGUAGAUGCAUCCAAAGUUGGUCUCGGAGCUGUCCUGGCUCAAGGAGAUCCUGGAGAGGAGCAACCCAUACUCUACCUGAGCCGUAAGCUACUACCUCGAGAGGUGAGGUAUUCUGUAGUGGAAAAAGAAGGCCUGGCAAUUAAGUGGGCUCUGGAAAGUCUCAAGUAUUAUCUGCUGGGCAGAGAAUUUGAUUUGGAGACAGACCAUCGGGCCCUGACCUGGAUCAACACCAUGAAAGACAGUAACCAUCGUCUGACUAGGUGGUAUUUGUCCUUGCAACCUUACAAAUUUAACAUCUGUCAUAGGAGUGGCAGACUUAAUAAAGUGGCAGACUUUCUUUCUAGGUUGCCGAAUUUCGCCAACCUUGGAGAGGAGAGGGGUGGUGUGACGGAGGAGCCGUCACGAUCGGAGAGUCCCUGUUAGCAAACAUGCACAAUUAUAAACUUACCUGUUUCUUUUCCUUUUAGUUUGGAUUGAGGCGAUUCAUCGUGGGUGCACACGCGGUGUUUUCGUUUGACGUUCAUUCUAAUCGGUUAUUUUCAGGUACAUG